UGUUGGACAGCGUGGUCAACACUCGUCGAAAACGGCCAAUCACGGCGCUUCGAAAAAGCAUCCAAUCGCGAUCUCAGAUCUGAUCGGCUUCAACAUCGCCAGUUUACCUUUCAUGCGUCGUAUCACAACCGCCCUUCUUUUUCUUCAGAGCGCGUCGGUCGCCGCCGACGUCGCGCUCUUCCCGAUCCCGUUCUACCGCGGCGACGCCGUCGUGGCCUCGGCCAACGUCGGGAACACGGGCGAUGCGUGGGUGCCGGUGCAGUCGCUCACGCUGUCGUCCACCGACGUCGAGUUUGUCGCGUAUGCCUUGCCCAACUACGAGGGCUCGUCGACGGUCUGGCGCCGCAACACGAGCUUUAUCAACAGCAGCGCGACACCGAUCGCUUCGUAUAAAGUACGUCCGCGCACAGCAGCUACAUCUCUCAACACGACAUCGAACAGCAGCAACUUGACGCUGUGGAGCUACGUGCCGGUCAGCGACGGCCGAUCCACGUACUACUACAUGGUGCGCAACUCGAGUACGAGCGCCGGCAACCCCGAGUGUCACUCGACCGGCGGCGUCAUCUGCGACAAGCAAGCGUCCUUGGCCUCGGCCGUGUACCUCGUCAAUAGCGUUCUCGACACGGUGCAGUGCGGCCCGGCUUCCGGCAUUGUGGGCGGGACGCCGUGGAGCGAAGACCCGACCUCGGUCUGCGCCGCCGCCCGCGUCGCCUUGCGAGAGAGCUACGAGGACCGCCCUCUCUACAAGUGCAUGGAGGGCACCGCUGGCGUCGUCGGCCUCGUCCUCAGCAACAGCUCGAGCGCAAUGGAGUGCGUGCGCGACGUGCCGGCCUCGACGCGCCGCUGCACAACCUUUGCCCGCCAAAAAGAGUGCAACACCGCUCUCACCCACCUCAUCGGGAACGUGACGGGCCUCGCGACGACCAUCUGCGGGGACCCGACCUCCUGCCUCUCGGCGCGGCCGACAACGGCGCCGUUUACGGCCAUGCCCGCGCGCCAAGGCGACGCGCUCUCGUGGCAGGCGGGCGCAGUGUUUGGGGCCACCGGUGUGCUCGCGAUCCUCGGUCUCUCGUACGUCUUUGGCCCGCGCCGCGCGACACCGAACGUCAACAUUGAGGCCACGUGCACGUCGAGCUGCGCCGACGAUGAAGUCAACGAGACACGCUACGUCGCGACCGUCUAAGGCAGCAUCGGCUCUCUGUUUUUGCGUAACUUAUCCUCUUCUCUGUUAUAAUCGAGUGUAUAUUGUGCUACCCA